GCUUGACUUUUUUGGGUUAUCCUAGAUAAUCUAUACAUACGUUACUAUGUACAAUAAGUUGUGUAAUCUGUAUUUAUGUGUUUUCUUACCUAAAUAAACUUAUUUACACAAGAAACAAUAUACAGCUUACUCAGUGGUGACCCUUUCAACCAUAACAAUAGCUGCAAGGACACACGAGCUGUCAUUAGCCCUUAAAACCCAACGAGGAGAAGAACAAGAAAAGGGAAGAGCAACAUCAAAUUUACGUUGUGGUGGUUCUUAAAUUCCAAAUACACAAGUGAUCACGGCCAUUCAGAGCAAACCUACACGCACACUGCACCACAGCUUGAGAGAAAGUUUUUUUUGUGUGUCAACUUCACUUUCCGUGAGGAAGAACCUACAUCCAGUGAUCACAGAAAAGCUUAUUCCACAUCCAGUGAUCACACAAAAGCUUAUUCCACAUCCAGUGAUCACACAAAAGCUUAUCCUACACCCAGUGAUCACACACAAUCCUGCCCACCAACACUGACACACGACACCCGACCUCAAAUUGUGUAGUCGAAAGAAAAAACUUCAAGCACGUACCAUGGACCAUAAAAAAGAACGAUCAGAACGUUCCUUUGUGGAAGUGAAGGAGAAAAGAAUAAGACAUGUUAUUUGCAUGGUGUCCGAUUUCUUCUACCCAAAUGUUGGAGGAGUUGAGGAGCAUCUCUUUCAGCUUUCACAGUGUCUUCUUCGUCGUGGACACAAGGUCAUUGUUGUCACACACAUAUAUGGGGAUAGGAGAGGAAUUCGUUACAUGACCAAUGGACUCAAGGUAUACUACCUCCCAAUGCAGACAUUUUACAGCCAGUCAGUUCUUCCCACCUUCAUCACAUCUAUCCCACUUUUACGCAAUAUUUUUUUGCGUGAGAGGGUCACCAUAGUUCACGGUCACUCAGCCUUUUCAACCAUGGCACAUGAAGCUAUGAAUCUGGCAAGGGCCAUGGGACUUAAGAGUGUGUUUACGGAUCAUUCACUUUUUGGCUUUGCCGACAUGUCUGCCAUUGUGACCAACAACUUCCUUGCACUUUCUCUGGCUGAUGUUAAUCACUGCAUUUGUGUGUCAUAUGUAGGGAAAGAAAACACUGUUCUGAGAGCUAACGUAGAUCAAGAGAAAGUAUCAGUCAUACCUAAUGCCCUGGAUUCGCACAUUUUUAAGCCUGAUCCAUCACAAAGACCAAAGGACAAAAUCAAUGUCAUCGUGAUGAGUCGUUUGCAGUACAGGAAGGGAGUGGAUCUGCAACCAGCAGUAAUAAGGCACAUAUGUCAUCGGUACCCUCAGGUAAAUUUCAUAAUUGGAGGUGAUGGACCAAAAAAGAGUAUUCUCGAAGAAGUUCAAGAUGAAGUGGGAAAUGAACGACUUAAAUUCCUUGGGGCCGUACCUCAUGCUGAAGUUCAUGGUGUACUUGUCAAGGGACACAUCUUUUUGAAUACUUCACUUACUGAAGCUUUCUGUAUAGCUAUCUGUGAAGCUGUUUGCUCAGGGUUGCAAGUUGUGAGUACAAAUGUUGGUGGCAUCCCAGAGGUUCUGCCAUCUCACCUUAUUCUUCUUGCUCAUCCAACUGUGCAAAGCCUGACUCAGAAACUGGAAUUGGCCAUUGAAAUGGAGAUAAAUGGGAAACGACUUGAUCCGUGGGUAAUGCACAGUGAGAUGAAAAAUAUAUAUCUGUGGUCAGAUGUAGUACAGAGGACAGAAGUCGUAUAUAACAGAGUUCAUCAGGAAGAGUCGAGUGCUGAUCUCUUUCAACGUAUACCAAGGUACAAAAAAUGUGGUAUUGUGGCAGGUUGGUUCAUGAUGUUCCUGGUAACGCUACAGUUUCUUCUCCUCAAGAUAUGUGACACACUAUGGCCAGCCAAAGAUAUAGAUAUUGCACCUGAUUAUCCAUUAGAUGCAGCAAAGUGGUUUAAUGAAGAACAUAGCAAGAGCAAUAAUUUUCAUUCUUCACGGCUGUGUGUUGGAAAUGGAACGCAAUCAACAACAUCAGUUUCUCGAAGAAGAUACAAUUGAAAAAUAAAAUUUGAUUCUGUACUAGACUCUUCAGGCAACCAAUUGGAGGACUGUGAUGUUUUAAAAGAAACGGCUUUUCAUUCAGCACACAUUAUGUCAUAAUUGCUGUUUGGUUCAGCGUUAGUAACUAAAGUUACCGUGUGUAUGUAUGUACUGUGUAAAUGGCUAGAGCUACAAUUCCACAACAAAUCUCUAUGGAGAUAAUUAUACAAACUAUGUUUAAGUACUAUGUAUUUUGGUCUAACGCUGUUAUCCUCUUUAGCAAAUUAAAAUAUGUGUAUAUGAAAGAAAGAUUUUAGAAAGUCCCAGGACACAAUCUUAGUCAUAGGCAGGAACAAAUUACCUCAGGGCAAAGGUAGUCAUAGCUGAUUUUUUCUAGCAUUAUGAAAUACUGGAAUUUGCUGAAAAAAAAAAAAUAGGCAAAUUUAAGAUUUUGUGCUGGUGAAUCAUUUUUUUUUAUAUACAAUAGACACUAAAACUGAUAGAGAAAGUGAGUGUAAACCAGUGUUCCUGAAUGUCUAUGUUAACUCUCAAACAGACAGUCCACUUCAAAAAUUUGUGUUAAAGUUUUCCAGGGCAAUUACCAAAACAUUCAGUGGUAGAGGUGUAGAGUUAUGAAUGGUUUGCCACUUCCCUUUUAUAAUGUAUUUUCUAGUUGGGUUCAUCCUGAUAAGAUAUGAGUAACACAGAAUUAUCUAUUAAGAUGAUUUACCAGUCUGAGGUCACAAAGCAAAUGAAAGAUGAGCUACAUUGAUGUACAUAUAUGAUGCACCUGUACAUGUCAGCAAUGAAAGUGACAUUGAAACAGCACCAAAAUUCUUAGUUUUCUCUAAUAAUGCAGUCUGGUACAUUAGAAAAUACUGUGAUCUUAACAAAUACCUGGUAAUGAGAAGUACAUGUGUGAGGGAGGGUAGUGAAGUUACCCUCCUCAGCAGCACCACAGGAGACAACAACUGCACACUAUCAGGUGUUACUAAAUGGAGUGAUAUUCUCAAAAAAAAAAUUUGCUGUCACAAAUUGUCUUCCAGAAAUUCCAAUCUUUAUAUGGGUUCACUACAUGUGAAUUCACUUCUAAACAAUGCCCAGUUUUUUCCACUACUUUCCUGUGUGUAGUAUAAAUUUGCACUGUGCAGUCAGUGCAAUUUACUAAAAAGUAAUGAAGAUUCCUAGACUGAAAAAUUUAGGUAUUAACCUAAUUGAGAUUAUUAUAGCUGCCAUGGCCCUUGAAUGUAUCCACUGCAUAAAGCAAAGCCACUGGUGGUGCUCAUAACUUUUAAAUAUUUUUGAAAGAAACAUUGUUAUAUGUUAUUGUUUGUUUCUAAACUGUGAAAUAUAUUACUUCCAAAGACUAUAGAA